AUGGUGAUACACUCACUACCGUGGCAUGUCUCCUGCCCAGUGCGGUGUGCGUGUCAGAUAAAGCCAUGGUUCUCCCCUGAUUCAGCUUACCAUGAAGCUCCAACUGUGGACUGCAACAACUUGCUACUGUCCCAGCUCCCCUUACCGCUACCGCAAAACAUACACACCUUGAGCAUGCAGAGCAACCUCCUCUCUGCUUUGGAGCGCACAGUGCUACAUGGCCUUCCUAACCUCACUGAGCUGGACCUCUCCCAGAACCGCUUCAGAAAGGUCAGCGCGAUAACCCAGAAUUCCUCUCUACCCUCUUUGCUGUCUCUACACCUGGAGGAAAACCAGCUGAGUCACCUCCCCCAGGCCUCCUUUUCCUCACUGCCAGCACUGCAGGAGCUCUUCCUCAGCCACAACCGACUACAUUCGCUGGCGCCGGGCGCCUUCGCUGGUCUCGACUCUCUGCUGCGGCUGCACAUUAACAACAACAGACUGACAACUGUUGACCCUCGAUGGUUCCAGACUCUGCUCCGUCUGGAGGUAUUGAUGCUGGGGGGGAACCCCGUGGAAGUCCUCCCUGAGCAGGGCUUCCAGGCCCUCAGAUCUCUUCGUAGUCUGGUGCUUGGGGAAAUGGGUCUGAGGGUCCUGACUGAAAAAGCACUGGAUGGCUUGGAUGGCCUAGAGAGCCUUUCUUUCUAUGACAACCGGUUGACCCAAGUCCCCACACAGGCCCUGAGGAGAGUGCCGGGCCUUAAGUUCCUGGACCUUAACAAGAACCGGAUCAAGGUUGUGUCUACGGGAGACUUCCGAGACAUGAUGCAUCUGAAGGAGCUGGGACUAAACAACAUCGAGGAGCUGGUGUCCAUAGAGAGAGCUGCCCUAGAGAACCUUCCGGAGCUCACCAAACUGGAGAUCACCAACAACCCCCAUCUGUCCUACAUUCACCCUCAGGCCUUUAUUCACCUGAUCAGGCUGGAGAGCCUCAUGCUAAACUCCAACUCCCUUGCUGCCCUGCACCAACACACCCUGCUGUCCCUGCCCAGUCUGCAGGAGGUCAGCUUACACUCCAAUCCCCUCCGCUGUGACUGUCUGUUUCGUUGGGCAGCAGAAGAGGCCUUGCUCCCUCAUGCCGACAUGCAAGUGGAAGCACCUACCGCUCGGGCUGUACGUUUCAUCCAGCCUCAGGCCACCCUCUGCUCUGAGCCCCCAGAACUGAGAGCUCGUAGAGUGAAGGAGGUGUCUGCAAGAGAGAUGUCAGCCUCCUGUCUCCCCACCAUCCUGCCAGGUCCCCUCCCUUCCUAUGUAAGGGUGAGAGAAGGGGACAGUCUAGCCUUGUACUGCAGAGCUUUGGCAGACCCUCAGCCCAAACUCUAUUGGGUGACUCCCUCCGGGCUGAAGCUGGCUCCAUCUAUCCGCUCCAGUCACUACAAGCUGCAACCUGAUGGGACUCUAGAGAUCAACAUGGCGACACCCAGCGAGGCAGGGUUGUACACCUGUAUAGCUGAGAAUGUGCUGGGGGCGGACACACGUAGCGUUACAGUAGGUGUGCAUGGGAAACAAAAGAAACAAAGGAAGGAGACUGCUGCUCAUCUGAGGAGAUACCCAACCUUCAGAGCAGAGGUGGGUUUAGAGGUUAGGGAAGUUGGAGAAUAUUUUGCUGUUCUGUCCUGGAAGAAUGGCUACAACCUUCCCUCAACACGUCUGUCCUGGCAAGCCAUAUCUUCUGACGAGCACAUGCCUACAUAUUCAACGCGCGUCCUUGCCGGCACGCAGAGCUUCAACCUGACCCACCUGCAAGCAGAGACAUUUUAUCGUGUGUGUCUGCAUUUGGGGCUCCGUGAGGUCUUCAGAGAUUCAAGCCGAGGUGGGAGAGGGAGCGGCCGGCCAAACUGUGUGCCAGUCAGGACGAGGGAAGCUCCGGAGCCAAAACUCAGCAUGCGCUCAAGCCCAGAAUUAACCUCCUCAACUCUAAUACUAGUGGGCCUUGCUCUGUUUCUGCUCAUGUUGGCCAGCCAGGGCUGGAACACUGACCUUGUGGAGGUACAAGAGAAACACCACAGUAUCUUUGUGCAGGUCAUGGGUCACGAGGCCAAUGUAACCAAUCAGAAGGCAGAGAGCUGUGAAACUCAGCCAGGGCAGUGUGAAAAAGUCCAUCAGCACUGCUGA